UUUGAACGUAGGUAAUACGGCGAAUACAGAUGCUGCAGUGCUGUCGCUGUGUUGUGUUGAUGUCGCUCACUUUGACUUCUCUGCACACUUGCUCCGCUGGGUGAAGAGCCGCAAAAGCGCACCCGGGUGAUGACAUCGUAAAGGAAAAGCUGGAGGCCAUCAUAAAGACACAAACGCUGCUAUAGGAAGUCAAUGGGAACGCUCGCCAAAGACUAAUUCCAGCAGCAGCGCGAUGGAGCAAGAGCUAGCGGCCGUGUUUACGCUAAUGAAGAUGCUGGUCACCAAGUUGCACGUGCAAAAAACAGAGCUUUUCAUUGAGAAGCUACUCGUUGCGCUGAAGGAGAAGUUUCAGGGCCAUUGGUACCCUGACAAUCCCAGCAAAGGGCAAGCAUAUAGGUGCAUUCGAGUCAACUUGUCCAAUAGGCAGGAUCCAGAACUCCUCUGGGCCUGUAAGGAGAGCGGGGUUCAGUUCUGUGAUCUGGGAUUGCCCCCUGUACUCACCUUAUGGGUGGACCCUGGCGAGGUGGCCUGCAGGAUUGGAGAGGACAACCCUUGCUUCUCGGUGGCCAGGUUCUCCAACAGCAGGAAAGGUGAUGAUGACACGACUGACGACAGCGCGUCCUCGGGCAGCGAGCCCUCAGGUAGCGACUCGGAUUCUUCAUCCGGGGACGAUAGCCCGGACUCGUGGCCCCUUCCCAUUUCAGCCAGACGCUGCAAUGCCAUGAAUGCAUCCCCUUUUCGACUUCCCUCCUGGUAUGCUAAGGCCUUGCUACCAGGGAAAAGUCACAUCCUGCCUCGAGCUCACUAGGGCUUCACAAGCCUUGCAGCAGAGGCCUGGAUCAUUGUUUCAUUCUUGCUUUCUGUUGUUUUUGUGCAUAUUUUUUAGAUGUUAACAUUUCAUGUCAGCUUUGUACAUUUCCACGUCAUGCAUGACAAUAAUUGACAAUUCAAUCGUUCGGACCCCAGAAGAAUAACUUUGAAACUAGCUUUUAAAAAGGAUGGCAGGCUCUCGUAUUAUGUAGUGCUUAUGCAUGAGGAAAAGCAUUUCUUACUCUGACUCUGAUUUCUUACUCGGCGCUUCCGAUUGACACCUCACAGGUGCGUGGCUAUAUUUACAAAAAAGUCAUACAUGGAACUGUGAUGCAUGAUGCCGAGGGAUCGAGUUACUGGCGCUUGGAUCGAGUCCAAGCACAUGAUCGAUCAGACCUAUAAAUCAAAUAAAAUCUGCAUAUGGAUUUGUCUUAUUGUGGAUAUUUUGUAGUUGUGUGAAUCAAAUGUCUGAGGGUUCUUUUGUCUGCCAUUCAGUUCCCUGGAAAGAACACUUGUUGCCAUGACUGCAUGUAUGUUUGUACCACAGUGCUAGAUCUGACCCAUUCUUCUUAUAUACUCCAGCUUGAAAGCAGAGGAACCAGGAAAUCCCAAGGCCAGAAUAGUUUCUCAGCUAAAACACAAAAGAAAAACUUGUCACUUCCCUCCGCUUUCUCUUCAUUAUUGCUCCAUUUCCCUCACCCAAAUGCAGCUGCUUUGCGGACCGGAACAGUCCAUAACGGAGACCCUGCCGAUGGGUCAUUUGGCUUGACAUUCCGACAGCAUUUUGAACUGUUGCUGGGGGAAUGAAUGAUCAUUGUUUUGUCUGAUCAUAUCAGUGUGUACCCACAAAGCUAGAAAACCAAGACGGUUGUCUUUGUGCAACUCCAUUACAAAACAUCCGUAGGACUCCAGUGCUUCUGUUAAGAACACAACUCAAGUGUUAACAGGACAAAAUAAAUCCCCUACACCCAAAAUAUAUUGUAAACUUUCCUGAAAAUGUCACAUAAUAACUGAUAUUUUCCAGUUGCUUGUUUCAGUAUGAAUCAGUCUAUAUCAGAUAUAUCUCACCAGUGCUGUUUAUGUCUAAUGUUCUAAACUCUGCUCUAGUUGUUAGUGACAGAUUAUAAAUAGACGCAUGGUUAAAGUCAAAACUCAUUUUGUCAGGUUGUCCAUUUUCUGUGGUGUUUAUUCUCAUUAGGGUCACUGGUGAGCUGGAUCCUAUAUGGCUAACUCAAUUUCCUUUCGAAAAGCAAUUAAUUUUACUGCUAUGAAUAUUUGAAUUAUUACAAAGGUCAUAAUGGUUUCAAAGAAAAUAAUUAUUCUAAAUACCACCAUUUAGCCAUAUAGACAAACUAUGCACUGGUCACCGGCCAAUCCCAAGGCACAUUUAGUGGGCAGGACACAACUGGCUCCACAUAAAAUAUGUUUUAUUUUGCAUAGAAAUAGCAAUUAUUUCCCAUCUGUCAUGUAACGCAUACCGUGUUGGACGUACUUUAUUCCACUUCCAGCACAUGACGACAUGGAUGCGAUGAGCUUUUAUUUUGUAAAUUUUAUU